UUCCUGUAACAGUUGUCCAAGUCAAUGAGAGGUCUGUUUUAGAGCAGAAGGCUUACAUGCUGUUUUAUGUUCGUGAUAGAAGAAAUUGCUCCUAAAAAACCCAUUGAUGUUGUUCAGAGAGACUUGAAAGCCAUGUCAAUGGAAUAAACCAUCUCUCAUUUUGAGCCAACAGUCAAAGAACACCUUCAAAGCUCUCGAAUUGAGAAUGGAGUAUGUGGGGCAGACUCUUCUUCUGUGAAACAAAAGAAUGCUGUAAAUGGUGGGCUGUCAAAGGAGGCCAUCUGAAGGAAGCAUCCAGUCAGCCAGGGAGGAUACCAAUGCAAAGCUCAGUACCAAAAAGGAGCCCGUGUUGGAAACUUUUCAAGUCACCAUUACAGAAAGACCCAUCAGUGGGCUGCCUUUUCCAAAUCUGGGUCAAGGAAAAAGCUUGCAGCCAUCUGCUUCAUCUUUGAAUAGCAAUGGAGGCAUCCCAAUAUGAAAAUAACACUACUAUUGCUACCAAAGAGAAGCAAAUUUAAGAAUAAUUUGGGGGUCUCGGUGACUGUAUCAUCCAACUGCAAUGGGCACCAAAACUCUGCCUCUAACAAGAUUCUCACAACUGAGACCUCACAGAAGAUUAAUGGUGUUUCGAAUGCUGGGGCAUCAAUUAAUACUCCUUCCCGAGAUUCCAGUGAUAAAUCACUGGAGCGGGUUUCAAAUAUGGCUCAAUCUGGGGGCUCCAGUGACAAAAUGUUAGAGAAAGCAGAUCCUAUAAAAUCAGCCAAGGAGCCAAGCUGUGAGGAAACUCAGGUUGGAAAUAAGCUUUAUGAUAGUGUUGCUGGUACUUCAGCAGAGGAAAAUGUUGGUGAUAAUGGUCAAACACCCGCGUCAAUGAUGGCAAAUGAACCUUUACACGCAAAAGCUCCUGAUUGUGCAUCCCAAAGGAAAUUGAAGAAGAAGAAGCUUCUUAAGUGUAGGAUUAAUUCCAUGCCUAUUGGCUUAAAAUUUUUCAAGGCAUCCUUAGGUUUACGCAAGAAAAAGAAACACAAAAGGAGCAAACGCUGCACUGUAGAUCUCCAGAAUCUCAGUAAAGAACUCUUAUUGGAUAAAGAUUCUUGUCUUUCAUCGGACCUUGGUCCAUCUACAUCCGAGAAAUGUGGUACCAGUUCCAGAAGUACCUGGAAGUACCCAAUGGAACUGCUAAAAAGAAUGGCAAAAUGUGUAAUGGUGAUUCGUUGAUGAAUGGUGUGGAUCGAGAAUUAACAGAGAGAAUUUGUCAGAAUUAUGGGGUUAUAGAAGCACGUUUUGCUUUGAUAUCGAUCUCUCACUGAUAUGUAGUUGCUUCAUUGAAAAUAAAGUUCAAAGACUUCCAUAGUUGUUUCA